CAUUUUUGCUGCACCUGCUAAAUAGAAGGGUUGUGAAUGCAGCAAAAAAACGUCAACAACUACAACAACAAACGCAACUACAAUGGAUGAUUUAAAACCCGACCCCGAGCUUCCUGCAGCAAUGAGUGAAGCGAGGAAGCAGCACAUGAACUACCUGUUAUUAAGGCAGUGCGUGGAAAGUAGACCGAUUGUACCCAUUCAGCAGCAGUGGAUCGACAACAUGAUGUUCCUCGUUCCACCUCAGCUUCGUGCAGGUCCUGGGAAAGUAGAGCUGGUGGAGGAAUUAUGCAACGAAGUUGGAGAGGACUUCUGUAGCACCAUGCUCAAAUUCACAUUUGACAACAUCCUUCAGAAGUCACAGGAGUGUACUGAUGUUCUCUUACCAACGCCUGCAAAAAAGCCAUGGCAUGGCACCUUCACCAGGAGUCGAAAGGUGAUCGAAGAGAACUUGCACAUCCUACACCCAGCGAUGAAAAUCGUUUUGGAGAUCUGUCACGUAACAUUCUCUCAGAUGCUUCUGAUAGAUCUCUCAGGCUGCAGGUCCAUCGGGCCUGUAGACUGUGAGCAAUUGAAGAACAAAGUGUCUGUGGAGUGUCAGAGGGUUGAGCAGAAGCUCAUGAAAACCUGGUUCCCGAGGAUUAUUCAGUUGCUCACCAGCAAGUCCACAAUCCAACGAAUCAAAGAAGAAAAGCUGGAUGCCUUUUAUAACUGUGUUGCAACACUUCUCUCCAACCAACUGAAGGCUCUGAUUAAAAGAAGCAUGGAGGCUUUCGUCAGCUUGUUUGGACCACUUAACAAGCAGGAGCUUCCCCUCUUUACGAUGGCGUUGAUAUUUGAUGAUGAAAAGAUGGCCUUCUCUCCCAGCUUUCAGGAGCUGGAGGAGGCUGUGUUAGAUAUUCUCAACUCAAUCAUCCACACUUUGCAGAAAGUCCCGACUGUUCAGUCCUGGAUUGAUGAGGAAAAUAGGUCAGUGGUUGAUGCUAAAGUGCCAGAGAACAUUAUCACAUGGGCAGAGACUACAGUGAGGAACGCAGUUCAUGAAAACCUACAGGCACCUAUGAAGCACUUCCAGAAUUAUUCUGAAAACUAUGAUUGGCUAAUAAACGGGAGUGCGCAGGAUCAGGUCGAGAAAUUUAUGGAGGAACAGCACAGUUUCGAACAGUAUACUGAGCAAGUCGAGUCAUUCCGUGCACUGUCAAAAGAGCUUUCUAACCUCGACUCCGUGGCUCAUUUUGACAUGAUCUGCUUGAAAUGCGACGAACUCAAUCAAGGGCUGUCAAAUAAAGCACACACUUUUUCUACAAUCCUUGUGGAGCGACUGAUCAGCGCAAACCGUGAACACUGUCUUCAAAUCUGUGAAGAGUUUGAGAUCAUUAAGGAGAAAUCUUUAAAAACUCCGACCACAUCAGAAGAAAUGACCGAGAUGAUCGAGUAUAUUGAGCAGGUUAAGACCAUAGGACUUGAAGAGCUUGGCAUUAAGAUAAAGGAAGUGCAUAAUAGAUUGAAUUACCUGCUGGAUGUACACAUAUUUGAUGUAGAAGACCUGAAGCUUCAUUCAACCGUCCUGAUGUGGCCACAAAAUAUUCUUCCAAUUUUCGAUCAAAGUGCUGAGAUCUUGGAGAAAGCCAAGCAAAAAGGUCAGCAGGAGCUGCUGGGCAGGAGAGAAAAGUUGUUGCUGGAGCUUGAUAAACUUGCCAAAAGGAUUGAGGAGUUUAUUCAUUGCUUUGACCUGGAUAUGAUGCAUCAGUAUGUGAAAGAUGUCAAAAAAGUGGUGAAAAGGGUUCAGGAUGCCGAUGAGGCAAUUGUCUUCAUCAACAAAGAAGAGACUCUGUACAACUGGGACCUUACUGAUUAUCCAGAGAUUGAUGUGAUCAAGGAGAACCUUGAGCCAUAUAACAAGCUGUUUGGACUUGUACUAAGAUGGCAGACCACGCAGGAGAAAUGGAUGAAUGGUCCCUUCUUGGAUUUGAAUGGUGAACGUAUAGAGGCAGAGGUGGAUGAGUUUUCCCAAGAAAUCUACAAGAGUCUGAAGUUCUUCCAGCAGAAACAGAAGAAGGCUGAGCAAGAGAAAGCAGCUGCAAAGAAGCCUGGAGAAGAAGAGGAAGAAGAAGAAGAAGAAAAACAAGUAGAAGAAAAACAGGAAAGUCCCAAUGCUGCAAUCUGCAACAAAGUCAUCACGCAAAUCAGCCAAUUCAAGGAGAACAUCCCAACAGUGUCCAUCCUGUGUAAUCCUGGAAUGAGAGCUCGACACUGGGAGCAGAUGUCAGCGAUUAUGAAUUAUGACAUGUCGCCCAGCCCAGAGACCACACUGAGUAACGUCUUAAAAAAGAACUUCACUGCUUACCUGGAGCAGCUUGAGACCAUCAGUACUGCAGCCAGCAAAGAAUUCUCGUUGGAGAAGGCCAUGCAGACUAUGCUGGAGUCAUGGGAUGUUGUGGCUUUCAAUUACGUCGCAUACAGGGAGUCUGGUGUGUCUAUUGUUACUGCAGUAGAUGAAAUUCAGACCAUGUUGGACGACCAGAUAGUGAAAACCCAGACCAUGAGAAGUUCCCCAUUUAUCAAACCUUUUGAAGUGGAGAUCAGGGCCUGGGAGGAUCGUUUGAUCAAUAUCCAGGACACUAUAGAUGAGUGGCUGAAGGUACAGGCCCAGUGGCUCUACUUGGAGCCCAUCUUCAGCUCGCAGGAUAUCAUGCAGCAGAUGCCUGAAGAGGGACGCCAAUUUCAGAUCGUGGACAAACACUGGAGAGAAGUUAUGAAACACUGCGAAAAAGACUCAAAGGGUGAAUUAGAACCUUUUAUUGGGUGA